CAGUGCGGCUCGCGAUCAUACCCCCAGCACUGUGUGGAGCCCGGUGUGCGGUGCGUCUCGUUCUUAUCCCGACACUCGGAUCUGUAAUCAGCCGACAGCAUGGCAGACCAACUUACUGAGGAGCAGAUUGCUGAAUUCAAGGAGGCUUUCUCCUUAUUUGACAAAGACGGCGAUGGCACCAUCACCACUAAAGAACUUGGAACAGUCAUGCGAUCACUCGGCCAGAACCCCACCGAAGCCGAGCUACAAGACAUGAUUAACGAAGUCGAUGCUGAUGGCAAUGGCACAAUUGAUUUUCCCGAAUUCCUGACCAUGAUGGCAAGAAAAAUGAAGGACACAGACAGCGAGGAGGAAAUCCGUGAAGCCUUUCGAGUUUUUGAUAAGGACGGCAACGGUUACAUCAGCGCAGCUGAACUCCGCCAUGUAAUGACUAAUCUAGGAGAAAAACUAACGGAUGAAGAAGUAGAUGAAAUGAUCCGAGAAGCGGACAUAGAUGGGGAUGGACAGGUCAAUUAUGAAGAAUUCGUACAGAUGAUGACCGCAAAAUGAAAACUCGCCCCCCACAUUUCCCCUUCUAGAAUCAAACUGAAUCCUUUACUUACCUCUUGCAAAAAUGUUCAUUUACUCAUUCUGUUUCUGUAUAGCAAAACUGAAUGUCAAGAAAUUUACCUUCUGUCCACAAAAAAAAAAACACAAAAAAAAAACUUCUGCAUGUAAUGGUUGGUGGUCCUGUCCCCAAAAAAUAGACGAGUUUUUAAACAUCAAGUUUCACAGUCUAUAAAUACUUGUACUACCUUAUAACAACGAAGGAAGCACUUAAAGGACUCCAGUUCCAUUUGCUAAACGAUUACUACACUGUUUGGGCUGGCCAGUUUUACAUGCAUGCAGCUUGACAAUUUGAGCACAGGCAGACGAAAUUUGUAUUUAAAAACAAAAAAAACAAA